UCUGUUUCGUAUUUGACACUUCAGAGCACGGAGUGCAUCAGAGGGUAACGUAUUUAGAAUUUCGGCAGUGAAAUAUUGUUUAUUUACGUUUUAAAUUUUGUUUCUAUAUAUCUUUUGUUUAAUAUCUGAAGUUUGAGAUUCAGUAUGGUUGAUGAAGGUACGAGGAAAGUUCUAAGUAAAAUUCCUCUUUUGAAAACGAAAGCUGGUCCCCGUGAAAAAGAAUUAUGGCCCCAACGACUGAAAGAAGAAUAUCAAGCCCUUAUUCAGUAUGUUCAAAACAACAAAGACAGUGAUAAUGACUGGUUUCGCCUAGAAUCAAACAAGGAUGGGACGCAGUGGUUUGGUAAAUGCUGGCAUGUGCACGAGCUCAUGAAAUAUGAAUUUGCAAUUGAAUUCGAUAUUCCAGUGACAUAUCCUACCACAGCUCCUGAAAUAGCCAUUCCAGAAUUAGAUGGUAAAACAGCAAAAAUGUACAGAGGAGGCAAAAUAUGUCUAACUGAUCACUUUAAACCUCUAUGGGCAAGAAAUGUUCCAAAGUUUGGAAUCGCGCAUGCCAUGGCCUUGGGUUUGGGUCCAUGGCUAGCUGUGGAAAUUCCAGACCUUAUACAGAAGGGCCUUGUUGUCCAUAAAGAAAGUGCUUCUGUUACUUAACAAGAAUUUUGAUUUGUAUGUACCAAAAACUAUAUUUGUUGGAAAUGGAAUUUCUAUUAAAUUAUAAUUUUUUUAAAA